UAUUCUGGCCGGAUGUGUACUGGGACCAGAGGCACUGAAGGGCCCUGGGUGCUGGGAGAAGGCAGUAGUGGGCUGGGGCAGAUGCAUGUGGGCAUGGACCCACUGCCCCAGGCUGAGGAAGGACACAGAACUGGGACAGGGUGGAUCCUGAGAGAAAGUUAAGCCACUCGAGAGUGGACAGAGAUGUCAUCUGUUAAGCUGCCGCUAUGUGCCAGGCUCUGUGCCAAGCCCUGUCGGUGCCUUCUGAGAGAGGUAUUUUAAUUCCCAGUUCACAGAUAGGGAAACGGAGCUCAGAGCAGCUAGCUGAAUUGCCCAGCGCCGCACAGCUGACCACUGGCAGAGGGAGGAUCUGAACUCAGGAGCUGCUCUGAGAUGUUGUGGCCCCUGCUGUUCCUGCUGCUGUUCCCGCUGUUCCUCCUGCUACUGUUGCUGCUGCCACCAUUGGCUGUGCUUGGGCAGCAGCGGUCCCAAGAUGCCAGGCUGCCCUGGCUUGCUGGCCUCCAGCACCGUGUGGCAUGGGGAGUCCUGAACUGGGUAGCGGCCUGGCAGCAGUGGAGACUGGAACAGAGCACGCUGCAUGUGGGCCUGAGCCAGCAGCAAGCCCUGAAGUGGUGUCUACAGGAAGCCCGGAGUCCCCACUGUCCCCUCAGGGAGAGCACAAACCUGAGCACUUUCCGGAAUCAUCUCCCCCUGACCAAGGCUGAUCAGGCCCAGGAGGAAGAGUGUCGUGGGCAACUGCUGUCCCCCACCUCAAACCAGUACCAUGGGGAGGCCUCUCUGCAGGUAAACCAGGCCACCUUGUUGGGUCUGGUAGCCCUAAACAAGGCCUACCCAGGAGUGCUGGCUCCAGGAGGCACCGCCCGAGUGACCUCUACAUCCCCUUGGCCCAGCCCCCUCCCCUGGCCUGGCCAUGCCCUGGGCCAUGUUAGCCCCCCUGAAGCCAAGGACCCUGGGGCCCUGCUGCUGGAGGCGCUGAGGUCCCCAGGGCUGAGGGCACUGGAAGCCGGGACUGCAGUUGAACUCCUGGACGUCUUCUUCGGCCUGGAGGCGGAUGGCGAAGAGCUGGCAGAGGCAAUAGCUGCUGGGAACCCGGGAGCGCCUCUCCCUGGACGGGCAGCGGAGCUGCGGGAGGCCCUAGAGCAGGGCCCCCGGGGACUGGCCCUUCGGCUCUGGCCAAAGCUGCAGGUGGUGGUGACACUGGAUGCGGGAGGCCAGGCCGAGGCUGUGGCUGCGCUCGGGGCCUUGUGGUGCCAAGGCCUAGCCUUCUUCUCUCCCGCCUACGUUGCCUCUGGAGCGGUGGUGGGCCUAAACCUAUGGCCAGAGCAGCCCUGUGGGCUCUACCUUCUGCCCCCUGGAGCCCCCUUUAUUGAGCUGCUCCCAGUCCAGAAUGGAGCCCAGGAGGAGGCUGCCUCUACCUUCCUUCUGGCCAAGGCCCAGAAGGGCAAGGAGUACGAGCUGGUGCUGACUGACCACGGCAGCCUGACCAGAUGCCGCCUGGGUGAUGUGGUACAGGUCGCUGGCACCCAUAAUCAGUGUCCAGUUGUCAGGUUCAUCUGCAGGCUGGGCCAGGCCCUGAGUGUGCGAGGAGAAGACAUUGGUGAGGACAUGUUCUCUGAGGCCCUGGGCCGGGCUGUGGGGCAGUGGCCAGGGGCCAAGCUAUUGGACCAUGUCUGUGUGGAGAGCCGUGUUCUGGAUUCCUCCGAGGGCUCCGCUCCCCACUAUGAGGUGUUUGUGGAGCUGAGAGGGCUGAGGAAUCUGUCAGAGGAAAAUCGAGACAAGCUUGACUACUGCCUUCAGGAAGCCUCUCCCCACUACAAGUCCCUGCGGUUCCGGGGCAGCGUGGGGCCUGCCAGAGUCCACCUGGUGGGCCGGGGGGCCUUCAAAGCACUGCGGGCAGCCCUGGCUGCCGAUCCCUCAUCCCCCUUUCCUCCUGAGAUGCCACGAGUCCUUCGGCACAGGCACCUGGCCCAGUUCCUGCAGAGGAAGGUGGUGUCCUGAGCCUGCCCACUUUUCCUGCUCCCCUCACUUAUUCCUCUGGGCCUCUCCAGAUGGCCAGUCCUUGGCCAGGGUCUCUGACUCUGUGUCCCCUGACAUUUGGCCAUCAGACACUGAAUCUUAGGGAGGCCUUAGCCUCAUUGACCAGUUCUGACACUUCAGGGAUGUAGCUGAGGCCAGCAGUGCCGUACCCAUAGAUGCCGCUCGGCCAGCCUGGGGAAUGCUGCUGGAGCACGCCCCCACCCCUGACAGCUGUCUCUGUCUGUGUCUCAGCUGAUGGUGCCCUCGGCCUCAGUGGGAUGCUUGGCCAAGGCACUGGGAUGGCUCGAGGUGUGUGUUGGGGGUUAAUGUCCCCAGGAGCCACCCAUAGUCAAAAAUGAACAGGAGUUAAAAAAAAAAAAAAAAGAAAAAGAACAGGAGUUGAUGAAUAAAGACCUCAGCUUCAUUGUCCCAGAGUGGGACAGUUUCAAAGUGUAUCCCCCAGGGCUCUGAGUCUCCAGCAGGAUGAAGCCCAGCUGCACCGCAGUAACCCACCCUCACUGUGCUUCUCACCAGUUCUCCCCAAUGCUUCACUACCUCUGAUGCUUCCUGGGAUCAGCUCUCAAAUAAACCCCUUGCACUCAGA